GUCAGUCUUUUUGAAAUCGUUAUUCUUGAGAGCAUGAUGUCUCGAUUCUGGGCCCUAGGAGCCCUCCUUUGUAUCUGUAUCUCAGCGGUCGACCUCUGUGAGCGUCCAAAUCGCUGCAUUCCAAAGGGAUCUUGCGUAAAUAUUCUUAAAGACAGAUCGGGAGAUGCCUGCUGGUACAGUGAAGACUGCUGUGCAGAUGGGGUCUGGGAUCGACCCCAGCAAGCACCAAAUAAUCAGCAACCCAAUCAAGAAGAUCAACAGCCCGCCCCACAAGCUGUUCAAAUAUUUCCAGCCAACUCAGAUCCGCUCCCCGAUCGACCAGAACUUGUAUUGAUUCCUUCAGGCCCUCAGCCCAAUGUAAGGAACCCGAUUCAAGUUCCACCAAAUAAUCAACCCAACGUAAGGAACCCGAUUCAAGUUCCACCAAAUAAUCAACCCAACGUAAGGAAUCCGAUUCAAGUUCCCCCAAAUAAUCAACCCAACGUAAGGAACCCGAUUCAAGUUCCACCAAAUAAUCAACCCAAUCAACCCGACGCAACGUACCCGAUUCCAGUCCAACAAAUCUACCCGUUACCCGCCCCAUCAAAAAAUCAACCACAUGCAAACCACCCGAUUCCAGUCCAAGCAAACUACCCGAUUCCAGUCCAACAAAUCUACCCGAUUCCCGUCCCACCAAAAAAUCAACCCAAUGCCAACUACCCUAUUCCGGUUCCACCAAAAAAUCAACCCGUUCCAGAGCCACCAAACUACCAACCCGCGCCCCAAGAUAAAAAUUGCGGCUUAAGCAAUCGGAAUCCACUAAUUGUGAGUUCACCAGUGCCUGGAAGUCAUCCUUUUGCUGGUCAAUAUCCCUGGACUGUUGCUCUUUUCCAAAACGGUGAAUAUUUUGGUGGCGGAUCCCUAGUUGCCCCUGCAGUCGUCCUGACCGUAGCUCACCUUGUGGUGAAUAUGAACCAAACGGAUAUUGUGGCCAGGGCUGGCGACUUUGACUUUUUACUGCGAAGCAAUCAACUUCCGCCGGAUGAGCGUCAUGUGGUCAGGAUUCAGGUGCACAACAACUUUCGAGCGCAGAGUGGCGCCAAUGACCUGGCACUUUUAUACCUCAAAACGCCAUUCACCUUGCGAUCUCACAUUCGCCCCAUUUGUCUACCUCAGCAGAAUGAGACCUUCGAUCAAAAGCGUUGCGUGGUCGCCGGAUGGGGAAAGCGAUCGGUUGGCGAUCUACCCUUUGCAGAUGUACAAAACAAAAUGGAUCUGCCCGUUUUAGCCAAAUUGGACUGUCAGGACUUGUUAAAGCAAGGGAUGGGUCCAGACUUCCAGCUGCACGAGAGCAUCAUUUGUGCCGGCGGUGAUAUGAACCAGGAUGGCACCUUUGUCAAUGCCGGAUCUCCGUUGUUCUGUCCACUGGUGGACCAGCCGGAUCGCUACGUUCAGGCAGGCAUCUUCAGCUGGAGGGUGGGCCAACAAAUCGUGGUCUCAGCCUUCACAAAUGUGGCCAUGCUGAGAGGCUGGAUUGGGGAGCAACUGCAGAAGAGUGCUGGCGGAAACCCCAACGACUUCAACGAACGGUCUGUUUAAAAAAAAUAGUAUCAGCAAAAAACUGAUAGAACUCUUUAACAUGAUAUUUUAAUAAAUUGUAAAAAAUUUAAUUGAAAAA